GCGUGUUCACUUACAAGUGACUGUAUCGGAUUACGAUCGAGUUGGUUCGAAUGAACGUAUCGGGCAUGUCAUAAUCGGUAACAACACGAACGGUAUCGCGUUGAAGCAAUGGCAAGAUAUGCUUGCAACACCACGCAGAUCAGUUGCACAAUGGCACACCCUGAUGCCAUUCCAUGAUGACUAA